AGUUUGAAACUGUAUCUGGAUUCUAUACUAUGUGCUGCAACGUGUGCAGUCCAUUGACUGGGAUUCUGAAAAUAACAGGUAACAACACCCAUUGGUCCUACAUAGGGAAUGUUUUUAAGAUUUACAUAAAACCUAGUUCUGAGUCCUGACUCUACCUGUGAUGCAUCAGGCUUUACUUGUUCCCGAAAUCCUCCUGGAGAUAUUCGCCUACGUGAAUGAAAUAUCAUUUACUCAAACAACAUCGACUCAGAGAUCCCUUGCAGCGCUUGCAAGGACAUGUAAAAAUUUUACGAGCCCGCGAUGGAUUUACUGUGGGCUGAGAUCGAAGAGUUAGAACCACUGCUGGGCUGUGUAACGAGGUUACAUCCACUGAUAUAUCAUAGUGGUACAAGGUGGGACAAGCCCUGGGCGAAAGGCGUCGAGCCAUUAUCUGCCCAUGAGACGGGCCGUCAAUUUAUGCACCACUCCUCCCGUAUUCGCACAUUAAGCAUUCAAUCUGAUCACCCCCAUCUCCUCUCUGUCAUCCCUGCCGGGGCAUGCAUAUUUCCGAGGCUGAGGUCGUUAAAUGUUUCCACCACAUAUUUGGACCUCUUUUUCCCUUACACUGUGCUGCACCGAUGGAAGACUGUCAACGAGGGUCUGCAAUCCUUUGUGAUACCUUGCAUUGCGUUGGAGCACUUAUUCAUCUACACUCCUGAAAAAGGCGACUUCACAAGUGAUCUGUCCUUGCUAUCCAAUAGGAUCCGUUGGUGCACGCGGCGGCUUGUAACUGUUUCUUGUCCAAUGCUCGACUUGGAAACAUGGAAGGGCCUUUCAUACAUCCCUGCCCUUCUCACAUUGAGAAUUGAUCAAGGGUGCAAUGACCCUCCUUCGCUGUUAAUACGAGAUCUCAGUCUAUCACCAUUCCUCAACAUCACGGCUCUUUCCUUCCGACAGCUUUACGAUGCUGCAGACAUCAUCACAGUCAUGCAACACUCGCAAUUCCCCUCGUUGAAAGAGUUCGAGUUUGAAGCCAACCGUCUGUGUUCAGAAGAGGCCGAGCAACUUUUUCGUGCGCUGUCUCACUGCAAAGCGUGUCAGACUCUAGAAAAAAUCUCCAUCUGUUCUCUUGAUGACGAAUUCUUGGAACCCCCAGACGACUCUUUGACACCAAUUCCACAUUUCCUUUGUUUUACACAGCUCCGAGACCUAGAGCUCAGGUUUUCUAACUCCUGCAUCUACCUGGAUAAUGCUAUUCUCUUCCAAGCUAUGUCUUCUUGGCCGCAUAUCCACACUCUGGAAAUCGUCGGCUCAGGUAUUCCUUGUUCAGUCUCUCUCCAUGGAUUAUUCACAGCGCUCUUUCUAUGUCCACAUUUGCAUACACUGCGAGUUACAAUCAAUAAUGCAACUAUCGAUAUCGAUCCUGAUUCUGAGCCAAUACAACACACCUCCCUACGAAGAUUGGCAUUGGAGACAUCCAAGUUUCGACUAGAAGAUGCUAAAACUCUCGCUCGCAUCAUUUCUGCCUGGCUCCCUUGUGUCGACCAGGUUCGGGGCUUUAGUAGGAAUUGGGAUGAAGUCAAUAUGCAUCUCAGAUCUUUGAGAGCGGCUGGUGCGCUGUGUAUCGCGGAAGCUUAGAAUAACCGAGUGCGGAAUACAUUCACGUAUUGUUACAUGCCUUUUGAGUUCUUACUUUCUUUCGUCGUCGUCGUCGUCGCUGUUGACUUGCUGUUGACUGCGGUUAUAGUUGUUUUCUCUCUCUCAUCUGACCGUUAAACUGUUGUAGUAUAUCUGAAAAAUCGUCAGCAAGAACUCGCCGGUUUACUGAUUAGUAUGAUUUCUGCCGAGGACG